UACGCCGAGGAUGAAAUUUUAUAAUACAGCGGCGAGCAGAAUGAGGGGCGUGUACCUCAGCUACGUCCCGGCUUCUUCUGAAGGCGGCAAGCGAAAGCUUGAAGCUAGAAUAGAGGAACAUGUAAUGCUACCAGCACUGGAGGCAAACGAUGUCACAGUGCAGAUCAAGGCAUGCGGCCUCAGCCGCAUAGACACAAAGACUGUUUUGCAGGUGGUACCGAAUGUGGACCAGAUCCCAGUCGGUAACGAAAUUUCUGGAGUCAUCACAAAAGUUGGCGAUGCUGUGAAAAUGUUCUCAGUUGGUGAUGAAGUUACAGGGAUCCUUCCACUGGACUCUGAGUGUCCUGGAUGUGCUGAAUACUGUGUACUCCCCGAGCAUUUCCUCGUGUCAAAACCGGUGUCCCUAUCCCAUGCUGACUGUGCUGCUGGACUGGGCUCUGGGCUUAGAGCAUACACCGCAUUCCACACCCAGGUUCCCGUCGUCCCCGGCAACAUUGUACUCAUCACAGGAGCUGCCUCUGCCGAUGGCGUUGUGAUGAUUCAGUGGUGCGAGUAUCUCGGAGCUAAGGUGAUAGCUGCAGUCAACAGCCCAAAAGAGGCCGAAAUAUUGCAGAAACUCCAGCCAUCCCUCUUGAGAGUGAUAGACUUGAGUGGGUCUCAGAGUAUUGUUGACAUAUGUCUCCAGGAGACUGGGGGACUGGGGGUUCACUGCGUCAUCGACAACGGAGCCUCGGCAAGUUUCUAUCUUUCGGACUUUCUCAUCGACUCUGCGACCCUCAAACAGCAGCUGGAGCAAGAGCCCCUGCGCUACACCUACGAGACAGACCCCUCCCCUCCCCUCUCUCCCACAUCUCACCAGAUCGGGUCUCUUCUAGCGGCAAGGGGUCACUGGGUAUCGUCGCAGCCUGAUCUACAACUGGACCCACCGCUGUCCCAGACUCUGUACUUGAAGGGGGCCAGUCUCCAUUUCAUGUUCCCGGCGGUGUGGACGCUGUCGGGAGCUCAGCUGGGUAGCUAUCUGGGUGUGUUGGAGCAGGUUCUCAAGCACAUGGAGGACGGAGUGAUCAAACCGUAUAUCUACAAGUCAGUUGGUCUCGGGGAAGUGUGUCAGGAGCUAGUAAAACUAGGGAGUUACGGAACUGGGAAGAUUGUCAUGAAAAUUGAGACACGUUCAUAGCCAACACGCAGUAUACAUUUUGUAUCCGUGACAUUAGAACAUGUGACGAUGAGACACAAUAAUGAUUGCAUAGCACGAGAUUCUUUUGUCUGCCAGUAACUUCAUAGAUUCAUGAUCAAAAAUGGAAAUCUCUAAUUAUGACCUAAGUAACUUGUAAUGAAAUUGGUGUUCGUAGGAUUGAUUUUGGUGACUUUUCAAAGAUCCCGGGAAACUUAUUUAUUGGUAUUAUGAGUCUGGGUUUUAGUUAAUGCUGUUGUUCGUAGAGGCAUCAUCAUCAUCAGUAGUAGCAGGUUUGUCAGAUGUGGACCACGAGAGGUAGGUGGCCCAGCCCAGACUCACCAGCAACACAAAGUUGAGCUGGUGAACAACUGGAACAAACUUGAAGUUGACUAUCUGCAAUAGUGGCCAAAUGCACCAGUUGGCUUUCAGGACUGGCCAGAUCUUGUUUCUCACAUUGCCCCACGCUGUCUCAAAAGACUCUCCAGCCAUCAGUGGAAGACUGAUGAGAUAGAUAGCAUUUAUCCCAGAGGCCCAGUACGUGAACUGAUCGAUAAACACUUUCAACAGCGCCAUUUUUGUGCCUGUGAAAGCAAGCCUCUUGACGACGAACCACUCGAUAAAGUUGAAGUGGAGGUGUCCUAAGGGGCCGAGAAUGACGGUGCCAAAUAUGGCAGCUCUGAUGACCCGAGGCCCGUUGUACUUCCCGCCUUUCUCCAUGGUAACAGUCUGUGCCAGGACGUCCCCCGUGGCAAACAAAACUGGAAAAUGAGAGAUUUUCUAACACGCUGAGAUGUGGAGGAAAAAACUAGAGUGAAAUAAAAUACUAGAAUAAGAGUGAUAAAAAUAACAGAGGAAU